GAGUUCGAGGGCGACUGACUCCUCAACUACACAGCGGCUACAAAGAUGUGAACAUGGUUGCCCAGGUCGCGGAUUGCAAAAUAUGACAUUGUCUACUCAUCACAUGGUCUCCGGAUAUGUUCUGCUGUCGUCUCUGUGAAUAUCUACUUGAUGAGGCUUUUACAGCCUGUGUUCUUAACCACCUGGUCACCUGGUAUGUCCCUGUGCAGGAUGUCACAGUACCCAAAAGUCUAUCCUUGUAUGCUCGAUUGCCCACCUUAUAUUCUAUGUCUCCGACACAGGUCAAUCUGUGAAGUGCUAUACGUGAAGAUCCUGCGUAACCUGGUCUUUUGGAAAACAUCGGAACUAUACGGUGUCACAUAGACUUUCACCCUCAUGCCAUGCUUCUUUGCUGCUUAGUGACCAUUCAGUAAAGGCAUCAGCGGUGAGCAAUACAAAUAAUUCAAUACACACACUUUGAAUUGUAGUCUGUUACCCCGCUUCCCCAGUGCCAAGCCGGGAAACCUUCGGGACAAAUUCUCUUCUUCUUUCGCAAUCUCUGCCCUGAUCCGCAAUACAUCCGCAAAUAGCACUGAAAGGUCAUUCAGCCUAAGCAAGAUUGACUCGCAUGAAUGAGCUUCUCUUGUCGCCGGUAUUCCAUAGAAGCCGCUUUUGGACGCGAUGACUUUCCGAGGUUUUAUGCGUCUUCCUACUAUCGGACCUCAUUCUGCUUGUCAAGUGCUACUCUUUCAAUUCUCCUCGGCAAAUUCGACAGCACAUUCGUGCGAAUCUCUCUGUAUGGUGUACACGGUUGCCGGAUACAGAUUGUUAACGAGCGGACUGGGCAAGUGUAAAGGACGCCUUCGCGUUCAGUCAAUCUCCCCAAGCAGUGGACAAUAUGAAGUGGCAAGCUUUAGUCCCUCUCGCUUUGGUUCUCGUACCUGCAGUGUCCGCUCAUUACCGAUGGACGUCCCUCGUUCAGGGCUCGACCGUCACUGCUGAAUACCAGUAUGUCCGCCAAAACACCAACUACAACUCCCCCGUAACAGAUGUCACGUCGAACGACUUCCGAUGCAAUGUCGGCGGUCUUCAGUCGGCGUCCGCUACUCAGACGGCUAUCGUUCAAGCCGGUUCGACUGUUGGUCUCGCUCUUGACCAGCCUAUCUACCACCCCGGUGUCAUCAACGUGUACAUGGCUAAGGCCCCUGGCUCUGCAUCUGCGUUUGACGGCUCCGGUACCGUGUGGUUCAAAGUCAAAGAAAUCACCGCUCAGACCGACGGCGGCCAAUCUAUCAACUGGCCUUCCUUGAACUUGGACCGAGUCACGUUCACCAUCCCUCAGUCCAUCCCCAACGGUGACUACCUCAUUCGAGUAGAAGAUAUCGCUCUUCACGUUGCUCAGUCAUACGGUGGUGCUCAAUUUUACAUCUCCUGUGCUCAAGUCACCGUGCAAGGUGGCUCUGGUUCAGGCAGACCUGGCCCUCUCGUCGCCAUUCCUGGUGUUUACACUGGUAACGAGCCUGGUAUUCUGAUCAACAUCAACUACCCCAUUCCGGCCACCUACACUCAACCCGGUCCCGCCGUUUGGAGCGGUUGAAAGGCUUGACACAAGAACAUAAUGUUGCUUUGAGAGAAUGCUGCAAUAGACUUUGUUUCUUACGCAAUACUUACGCAAAUGAAGAAAGUAUGUUCGGAUUCUCGACUGCUCGAUGAAACAAUGUCCUGCCCUGCGCAACCGUUGAAUUUGACCAAGACUCACUGCGUC